GACUUCCAUAACGAGCCUCUUUAAAACUGCUGCUCCAUACAAGUUAUUAAUCUAGUCACAGGGAUCUGGACUUUGGAAGUACGCAGUACCAUUGGCAAGAGUUGCGCUGCUGCAUUUUGGUGUUUUCAUCCAUUGUUGUGGACUUACUUCGUUUUGCUCUCAAGAACAGCUAAGAAACAUCAUGCUGCUCCUCUUACUUGGAAUCGUCAUUCUGCACAUCGCAGCACUGGUGCUGCUCUUCGUGUCCACUAUAGUCAGCGCAUGGGUUGUGAAUCCCGCCAGCAGCUCAGACCUCUGGACAAACUGCACCACAAUCAAUGAAGACUAUAAAUGUGACCCUGGAAGCUCUGGAGUUUGGAUCCAGGCAGUCCAAGCUCUCAUGAUCCUAUCAAUCAUCUUCAGCAUCCUGUCCCUCUUCCUGUUCUUCUGCCAGCUAUUCACACUGCAAAAGGGUGGACGCUUCUUCCUUACCGGAGCAUUCCAGAUCCUUGCUAGUCUGUUCGUUAUGAGCGGAGUUAUUAUUUAUACAGUAAUGAAUGGCGAGUGGGUCCAUCCAUCAGAGUCCUUUGGCUUUUGCUACAUCCUGGCCUGGGUAGCCUUCCCUCUGGCACUCAUAAGUGGUUUAAUCUACGUCAUCUUGAGAAAACGAGAGUGAGGUGGCAAACGUCUGUGGCCGAAAUCAUGUAAAGCGCUAAAGCCAAUGUAUCACUCUGCACCCACAGAGAAGUGAAAUCACGUAGUAUCUUCAUCCGGUGGGGUCAAUCAAAAUCAACUCCACUGCCACCCCAAAAAGACAUAAUCAAUACUGUCAUAAUUUGAAGAUGUAUAUAGUAUCUAUGGUUAAAACCUAUUUAUAACACUUUUUACAUAUAUGUAAAUAGUAUUUUAUGUUUGCUCUGUUGACAAAGAACCUCAAAAAAGUUUUUCUUUACGCUAAUUAAGUGCCUAGAGUGUGUUUUUGUCACAGAAACUUGCAUAAUUAGCCAUAAUGUGUGUUUGUGUGUCCUUUUCUUUCCUUAUAAGGCCAAAAAUACAUAUACAAAGUUGCUUUGAGGUAUUUUAAACGAAGUGCAUGUAUUAAAUUAUAGGGACAGUGAAAGAAGUGUUUCCAAUGAAGCUGCAUUGAGAAUUGUGAAGUAAACCAUGUUUAGGAAAGCUGUUUUUUUUUUCUUCUAAUCAUUUUAAAGCUUUGUUUUUCUUUGUUUUCCAACAAAAAUGGUGCUAUGUAUUUACCAUUCCUUUAACUAUAGCCAUUAAGCUUUUAUUUAGAAGGAUAUAACAUGACUGAAAGCCACAACUAGAACACAUUUGAAUAAAUAUUUAAAUAUAUUGUGUUUGUGCCUAUAAAAUGCUGUAUAUACUGUACAGUACUACUCACCAAACAUUUAAAUUUUAUAAUAAAACAAAAUAUGUUCUGAGUAACACAUGACUUGGUUAUAAGUGUACUGACAACUGUUUAGGGUAGAUUAAUUUUAGUGGGAUUUAGAAAGUUACUUUUAAGAGCAGUAUUAGCAGUAGGAUUUGAGAAAGGCAGUAAUUCAUUUAGUCAGUGUAACAAAUGUUGCUUGUUUGUAAAGCGUUUGGUGAGUUUAAUCACAUGUUAGCCUUGUGAUGUCAUCACAAUUAGGGCAUUACAUAAUUAAACACUGCAUAUUCAAAUACGACUACAGAAUAAAACAUAUGAAAUGAAAUAAAAAUGAAGGAACAUGAAA